GCAUUUACCCUUUUCAGUAUUUAAAAACUAGAACUCAAAAAUGAAUUAUUUAAAAGGGAGAUAGAUCUCCAAAGAUAAAUAUAAAAAGCUUAAAAAUACAUCUAUAUAUAUGUGAAGCUUGUAUGAGCAAUAACUAAAGAUGACUUAUUACAUAAAUGUAGAUACUUCAUAACAGGAAAAUUUAAUCUUUACAGUGUACCACUGAUGCAGUUAGUGUAGUCAAAGCAUUAAAAUUAACUGAAGUCAUACCUCACCUUCAUUUAUAUCCAAAAACUUGGUGAAUGAGUCAUUGGUAAUUACAACAUAGCAUCCAAAACAGGAACUGAGAGUUCUUAAAAUUCAAGCAUCUUUAGAAUAAACACAUAUCCAGCUUGGAAUGGAAUGAAAAACCAGGGGUUAUGUAACAGGAAUGCUAACUAGGCUUUGUAUAUUCUUAUCAUCAUUUUUUAUGUUUACAUGCAUACUCUCUCCAUGGUAGAAUUUACUGAUUAUCCUGAAAAUAUUUACGUAUAAAAAUUUUAGAAAUUUUUUUUCAAGAUUUAAUAAUCCAGAGAAAUAAGCUAACAAAAGGCCAAAUCAGUGAAAUUGUACUUGCUUCCUUACUUUUAUAGCUUUAAAUAUUUAUAUAUUUAAAAGAGCAGACUAGAGGGGGGAAAAUGAGCAAUAAAAUUCAAAGUAAGUAGAAGAAAGAAAUAUUAAAAGCAAGAGCAAAAAUCAGUGAUAUUGAAAACAGGUAAUACAGUUAACAAAGCCAAAAGUUGGUCUUUGAGAAGAUUAAUAAAAUUAAACCUCUAGCAAAGUGAUGGAAAAACCUAAAAGACAGAUUAUCCUUAUCAGGAAUGAAAUCAAGAAUGUUAUUUAGAUCUUUCAGAUGUUAAAAGGACAAUAAGGAAUAUUAUGUACAAAUUUAAACCAAUAAAUUAAAGUCAUCAAAUUUCUUGAAAAAUACAGCUUACUAGAACUGAUACAAGACAGAAAAUGUGAAUAGUUUUAAUAUGAAAGAAAUUAUCAGAAAUUUUCAUACAAAAGAACUCCAGGUCCACUUUGCUUUAUUGGUGAAUUCUAGCAAACAUUUAAGGAGUAAAAAGCUUUAAUUCUACACAGAUUUUCAGAAAAUAGGGGCAAACAGGAUACUUACCCUAUUUUUUUAAAAAAAUGAAAACAAGUAUUACCCCAAUAGCGAAACAAGCCAAAGACAUUUCAAGGAAAGAAAGUGGCCAUACCAAUAGAUACAGAAAUUAUUGAACUAUUAGCUAGUUGAAUCCAGCACUAUAUAAAGAACAUAAUACCUUAUGACCAAGUAGAGUUUAUCUCAGAAUGCAGGGUCAUUUUAAAAUUAGAAGAGUCAGUUACUAUAGUCUACCAUAAUAACAAAAUAAAGGAAAUCCUUCAUGAUCACUUCAAUACAUGCAGACAGACAUUUGACAGGAUUAAACUCUGAUUCAUGACUUAAAACUCUGAGGAAACUAGGAAUAGAAGAAAAUUUGAUAAAGUGCCUCUGUGGAAAACCUACAGCUAACAUCAUAUUUAAUGUUGGGAAAAUCAAGUUCAUUACUAGACAACUCCCCACUAGACAGUAUAUGUCCCCAUUUCCCCCUUUCCUCCCACCAGUGCUGAAAUUCUUCUGGCUUUCUCCAUUCAACUGUCUCCUUCCCGGAUUGUUCCCUGUGCUCACUUUUCUCAGAAUAUUGUUGAACCUUGAAGAAGAUGGCUGCCUCAUUCUUAAAGCUUCUAACAGGAAAUUGAUUCAUGUAUGUUCACCAGGUGGACACUCCAAGUCCAAAAAGCCUGGGGAAUCUGUUGAUUCAGGAAAUUUUAUAAAAUCAUCCCCAGAUGAAGGUGGAACUAGUUGAUUCAGUAGCAAAAGUCCAAAUGAAUAAACCAUCGUGUGAUAGAAGCACCAUCAGCAGAAGACGAGGAGAAAUUCCUAAAUACUCAGUUGUUCAGGCCUUGAUUUCAGAGGGUAAUAGCUAACAUGCAUGACAAUGCUAUUCAUACUACACCUAAAACUGAGGCACAGUGUCGCAGUGUGCUGGCCCAAGGUCCCAUAUAUAGUAAUGAGUAGAGUCAGAGUUUAAAUGAACCCAAAUAACAUGGCUCCAACAGCCUGUACUUUUCAAGGCUUUUCCCUUUUUGAGGAGCAGAGACUUGGAGGAGACCCUCUGGGACAGACCCAUGAGGAUGGCAGAGGGAUAGAAAAGGUAACUUUCAUAAUACUCAGAUUGUAAGGUAUUUGAAAGGAAAAUGUCAUGGGUAUUUCUGAAAGUGGGAGCAGGGAGUGGAGACAUGAGAGAGAAGCAGGCUCCGGUGAAAUACUAGACUAGUUCUCCAACUUUAAUGUGUUUGUGAAUUGCUUGGGGAUCUAGUUAAAACACAGAUUCUGAUUGAAUAGUUUAUAGAGUGGAGCCUGAGAGUCCACAUUUCUUAACAAGCUCCCAGAUACUGGCAGUGGUACUGGUCACCCUUUCAGUAGUGAGGUGUUAAAUACAUACAUUUAUAUUAUAUUGGACAUCACUAGCUAUUAGGCCAAUGACCUGGCCAAACAGAUCUAUUUUGAUUCAGUUAUUUAGAAAAUAUACAAAAAUUUAGCAGUUAUACAAAAAAAAAAAAAAGAAAAUUAGAUAAUAGCAACUUCUUAGUACUAUGUCAAGUUUGGAAGUUUAUAUCCAAAGCAAGUUCUAUGUGAAGCUUUAAUGAUAAAGAUGAGUAUAUGGAUAAUAAUUACAUAAAAACACUGAAAUUUUAUAAUGUGAUAAAAAUAGCAUUUACGAGGCAUUCAUCAAAUAUUGUGGAAGAUUUUCUAUUAAAUACAGUGAUUUAGACUGUUCUUUUGGUUUAUGUUUGCACCUCCUCAGAAUUCCUCUAAAAUGGCAGUAAGGGAAAAAAUUUUUUUUUGAGUACCAUUAAGGGCAAAGGGAACAGAAGAGACAACUGUGUAAGAAAUGUUGACAAAAUCACAAAGUUUUGGAAGAAUAAAAAGAUGGAGAAGUGUUAAUUGACUAAGCAAAACGGUGACAGCUGAAAUUUAUUAAUACAUGCUUAUAGUGGGGUCUGCUAAUGAGAAGUAAGCUAGUUUGCACAGCAGAAUGUUAGAAAGACUUAGGAAUUAGAGGAAACCAAAUGAAUGGGUGUAGAGUUAAAGGUAGGGGGAGGGGUCGGUGCAAAAUCUAUACCAAGAGCAAGUAGACGCCAGGACCUGACUCUUCUCCAUAUAAUGAGGAAAGCACCAUUGCACAUUACUAUGAAAUUUCACAUGAAUAAAAAAUUCCAGGAAAAGUUAAUAUACAGAGAAUUGCCAUCAUCAUAGCAUCAGGCUUCUCAAUAGCAAAGUCUCUGAAAAGAAUAAUUCCUUCAGAAUUCUAAAGAUAAACUAUUUCCAGCUUGACAGCCAAACUGUCAAUCACAUGUGAGGCAGAACAAAGACAUUUUUGGAUGCGUAGUCUCAAAAAAUUCUCUUCCUAUACAUUUAUUCUCAAAAAGCUAUCAGAGGAUGUGGUUCACCAAAGCAGAAGCAUUGACCCCAAAGACAUGGGAUACAGAAAAAGGAGAUCCAGCAUAGAAGGUAGAUGACAGAUAUGCCCAGAAUACAGUCAAAAGGAGUCCCAGGAAGGCACUGUCCAGUGGGAAGCCAGAGAUGGAGAGCUCCAGGAGGAAGAACAGCUGGGGAAAAGUUGUAAUUUUAGGCUUCUGUAUAGAUUUGACAAAUGUGGAAUGUUGUAUUUAGAGCCACUGGAGUGGGAUGCUAGACAUAGAAAACUAAACAAUAAAAACAAGUCUAUUAUAAUAUUCAGGAGGAAAAGAAAUGUUUUGCAGGAAGAGAAUCAUAAUCAGAGUAUACUACAUGGCUCUGAAGUUAAAAUAUUUACAUAAUUAUAAUAGUGGAAACCUGACAAUCAGCUUAUCCAGACAUGGUGCUAACCACUGCAAUGGUUGUUUGGGAGGGGAGAUUAAGCGUGCCAAAUACUUAACUUAGUAUGUCGAUAAAUCAAGACACAGCUCCAGAAGGAUUGUUAAAAAAUACAAAGAUAAAUGUCCAAAGAAAUGGCAAAAAGAAUUGAAGGGACUGAAGAAUAGAGAAUAGGUAGAAGGUGAAAUAAGGGGCAGCUAUUUUUGUAAUAAACUUUUUUGUUAACACUAUUGUUAAUUCUCACAAUAUUUUGUGUGUAUUGUGGAAAUUCUCAAGCAUACUCACAGGUAUAGAGAAAAGUACAGUGAAUCUCCAUGUACCCCUCAUCCAGCCCCAACAAUUACAGAUGUGGCCAAUCACAUUUCAUCCAUACUCUCACUAAUUUUAUUUUAUAUUGUAAAUCUUUAAAUAUUAUUUAAUUUUUUAAAAAUUUACUGAAGUAUAGUUGAUUUAGAAUGUUAAUUUUUACCGGACAGCAAAGUGAUUCAGUUACACAUAUGUGUUCUUUUUCUUUUCUAUUAUGGCUUAUUAUAGGAAAUUGUAAGUACUGUUUAAUUUUAAAUUAAUAGUUAAAUCCCUGCAGGUGAUAGGAAUAAUAUUUGUGAAAAAUUAUCACUAUACACCAAACUGCUUUGUGACCAAAAGGAAAAUAACAGUAAUCACUACCUCAGACAACAUGACCCCAUAGGAACCUUAUCAAAGUUGGGUACAUGUGGUAGACAGUAUAAUACACUAGAAAUGAAUAUGGACAUGAGUGAUAAAAGUGAGGAAAACACACAUCUUCUCUCCAAAAGUGGCUCCAAAGGAAUUGUAACUAAAAGUCAGAAAAUUAAGAGAGUCCCGGGCACUCGGAGAAUCCGGAGCCAUGUCCCGGAACCUGCGCACUGCUCUCAUUUUCGGUGGGUUCAUCUCCCUGAUCGGCGCCACCUUCUACCCCAUCUACGUCCGGUCCUUAAUGCGGCUGGAGGAGUACAAGAAGGAACAAGCCAUUAAUCGAGCUGGUAUUGUUCAAGAAGACGUGCAGCCACCAAGGUUGAAAGUGUGGUCGGAUCCAUUUGGCCGGAAAUGAGAAGAUUAACACCACCUCUAAUUAUGCAAGUAGACAGAGACUUCAUGCUUUCAGUUCUGCAGCAAGUGCAGUAAGUCACCUGGCUAGAGAGCAGUGGCUGGAGCAGAAAACUCUAGAAGGCCAUAAAGAGUCCUGUGCAUGAGGAUUACGUCCCUUCUUAAAAGAACCCUGGAAUAAAUCAUACCAUUAGGAGGGUUUUCAUGAUUUGGUUU